CUCUCGGGUGGGAAUAUGAACCGAUAUGAACACACUGCGAGACUCAACUGUCAGUGUUGGAGCUCAGAGAACCUGGGGGGAACGAAAACGCACCCGAAGUGACUUUUUACUGAAGCAGACAACUGUGAGACGAUGUCCCAGCAGGCGGUCAACGGGGUCCCGUCCAGGGGGAAGGUGCUGACUGUGGACAGCAUGAACCCCAAUGUGAAGCGGGUCGAGUACGCGGUUCGUGGUCCCAUAGUCCAGCGGGCGGUGCAGAUAGAGAAGGAGCUUAAAGAGGGAGUCAAGAAGCCUUUCACAGAAGUCCUCAAGGCUAACAUAGGUGACGCCCAUGCCAUGGGUCAGAAGCCCAUCACAUUCCUCAGACAGGUGUUGGCUCUGUGUUCUUAUCCCGAACUCCUGGAGGACAACAAGUUUCCAGAGGAUGCCAAGCAAAGAGCGAAGCGUAUUUUGGACGCCUGCGGAGGCCACAGCAUAGGGGCCUACAGUGCUAGCCAGGGUAUUGAAUGUAUCCGUCAGGAUGUGGCGCGCUACAUCGAGAAGAGAGAUGGUGGAAUCUCCUCCAGCCCUGACAACAUCUAUCUCUCCACCGGGGCCAGUGAUGCCAUUGUGACCAUGCUGAAGUUGCUUGUGUGCGGUGAAGGUCGCACUCGUACAGGAGUGAUGAUCUCCAUCCCCCAGUACCCUCUGUACUCAGCCGCACUGGCAGACCUGGGGGCCGUACAGAUCAAUUACUACCUGGACGAAGACAAGUGUUGGAGUAUGGAUGUUGCAGAGCUCAAGAGAUCCCUGAAUGCAGCGAGGCAGCACUGCAAUCCCCGUGUCCUCUGCAUCAUCAACCCUGGAAACCCCACUGGUCAGGUCCAGAGCAGACAGUGCAUCGAGGAUGUGAUCCGAUUCGCUAAAGAGGAGAAUCUCUUCCUUAUGGCUGAUGAAGUCUACCAGGAUAAUGUGUACGCAGAAGGCUGUAAGUUCCACUCUUUUAAGAAGGUGCUGUUUGAGAUGGGACCAGAGUACUCCAGUACAGUUGAAAUGGCUUCCUUCCACUCCACCUCCAAAUGCUACAUGGGAGAGUGUGGAUUCCGUGGAGGCUACAUGGAGGUGAUUAACAUGGACCCUGACGUGAAGGCCCAACUCACCAAAUUGGUAUCGGUGCGUCUGUGCCCCCCUGUCCCUGGACAGGCUCUCCUUGACCUGGUGGUUAACCCCCCGCAGCCUGAUGAGCCCUCCUAUACCACAUUCAUGAAGGAGCGGACAGCAGUGUUGGCAACUUUGGCAGAGAAGGCCAGACUAACAGAACAGAUGUUCAACACAGUACCUGGCAUCACAUGUAACCCUGUGCAGGGAGCCAUGUACACCUUCCCCCGCAUCACUCUACCUCAGAAGGCAAUUGACAAGGCCAAGGAGGAAGGUCAGGUCCCAGACAUGUAUUACUGUAUGAGGUUACUGGAAGAGGAGGGUAUCUGCCUGGUGCCAGGUAGUGGUUUUGGACAAAGAGAGGGAACUUUCCAUUUCAGGAUGACCAUCUUGCCACCCACUGAGAAGCUAAAGCUCGUGCUGGAGAAGAUCAGAGCCUUCCACCAGAAGUUCACAGAAGAGUUUUCAUAAUGAUCCGCCACCUUUCAACAUCAUCUCAAGAGCCAA